UGAUUUUUUUGGAAAUCUUCGUUGGACACCAUUUAGCAGUAGUGAUCUCUCUACAUUAAGUUAUUAUUUCCGGGACAGCUCUUUUAUAAGCAAAGUUCAUUAGUCUGUUGUGUAAUAAUAUUAAUUGCUCUGCCACAAUAUUGUAGGUAUGGCGGGCCGAAGCCAAAAGCGGAAGGCAAGUGCCAACCUCAAACCCGAGUUCGAGACCAUCUCAAGAUUCGAAAAACGAUGCCGGAGGUGCCAAAAAAUGGUAAAGACGUGUGGCAACACCACUAACCUAAAACAACACUUCAUGAGGAAACAUGAAGAAGUCUACCAUCGCCUUCUUCAGGCUGCCCAGCAGGCUGAAAAUCCAGAUCCAGAUGAUCCAGAUGCACCUGAUGAGGUGCCUGAACAAGUUGAACCAGUAGCUGGCCCGAGCAGAGAAAGUGAUCCUCCUAGAGUUCCCAGCACAGUGACUCCUUCAAGACAAGUUCAGCAACCCAGCCAAGCAGGUACUUCAGCGAGAAAUCUUGGCCAGCCCACCAUGCCAGCCGAAGCGGAUCCUCAGAGAGUUCCCAGCACAGCGACUCCUUCAAGACAAUCACAGCAACCCAGCCGAGCGGGUACUCCAGCGAGAAACCUUAGCCAGCCCACCAUGCCAGCCACUUUCAAUACCAGCAACAGUUUCAAAAUAGGGGGCGCUCGAGAUAAACAGUUGGUGAACGCUCUUAUGUUUAUGAUUGCCAAAGAUAACGAACCUUUUAGAAUUGUCGAAAAAGAAGGUUUUCGUUAUUUCUGUUCAGUGGCUGUUCCACACUUUCAAAUACCAGGUAAAACAAAAAUCACUUAUCUGAUGGACAAAAAGUUCUCAGAACUAAAACCAUUAGUCAAAGAUACGUCAUUUAAAGAUAUUGACUAUAUCUGCAUUACAUUUGAUGUAUGGACAGAUACAAUGAACCAUAAAAGUUAUCUGGGCAUUACAGCUCAUUUUAUGGAAAAUGGUAAACUGGUAAGCUUAAUUUUAAAUACAGUACACCUGGAAGAAAGGCACCUAGGUGUAAAUAUAAAGAACAAAGUAGAAGAAACUUUUAAAGAUUGGGGGCUUAGAACCCUUCAGAUAGUCCUUGUUGUAACGGAUGGAGCUGCGAAUAUGGUGAAUGCUGCAAAUCUUUUGACCGGGAAUGAAGAUAAACAUCUACAUUGCAUUGCGCAUGUGCUUAAUCUUAUUGCUGAAGUGGUAUUAGCAAAUCCCUUCCUGGCACCGCUCCUAGCACCAGUGAAGGCCAUCAUCACAGCUUUUAUUCAAAGUUAUAUUCUUUCUGAUGAGCCAAGAGACGCCCAACCACCUGGUGAAGCCCUCAAACUCAUGCAGUCAGUGAUAACUCGAUGGAACUCAGAAUUCUAUAUGAUCCAAAGAUUUUUAAAAUUAAAAGACUAUAUCAGUGGUGUGCUUAUAAACCACCCUGACUCGGUACAGAUGAUUAGUGCAAGAAAAGUUAGCGAGCUCCAAGAGGUGAUGACGCUCUUGGAGCCGCUUGAGGAAAUGACCAGACAUUUAAGUGGUCUUCAUUAUGUUACGUGCUCAGCCGUAAUUCCAUUGGUAAACUGCCUCCGUGCCACAAUUCAACUGAAAAGACCUGAAUCAGCAGUAGCUGUUGCUGUGCAAGCUGCACUUCUGGCUGAGAUUGAUCGUCCAGAUCGAUUUGGAAAUAUUGAGUUGAACCAGAAUCUCAUGAUGGCUAUGAUUCUAGAUCCUAGAUUUAAGCAGGAUCACUCACAGCAUCCUACCCAUGUGGCAGCUGCUUUUACCAAGAUAUCAGAAUUGGUCAGUAGAGAGGACAUGGUGGCCGAAGUGGAAAAUUUAGAUCAGGCAGCAGAAGAAGACGGAGCAGUUCAUCAUGGUCUUUUAUUGCACCAUGAAACUAUUAGAGCACAGAGAAAUUCUUCACGCAACCGCACCAUCGGGGGUAUGCACAGAGAGCUGAGACUGUAUCUCGAGGAAGAAACGAUUCCUACAAAACAUUGUCCCAUCACCUACUGGAUGAGGUAUAAGGAUGUUUUCCCUAGUUUAUUUAGAGUUGCAAAAAGGUUUUUAAUUAUGCCUGCCACCUCUGUACCCUCAGAGAGGUUAUUUUCUCAAGCUGGGCUUAUUUUAACAAACGAGAGAAGCAGGCUUGAUUCCCAAAGGCUCUCAGCUUUGUUGUUCUUAAACUCACUGUCCAAAGAGAAGUGGAACUUGUAA